UGGAAGGAUUAUGUUGGGUGUUCGCUGCCGCUAGGCUAUAAAAGCGUGCUCCUAACUGCGUACCGUGUUAUUCAGAUUGAGCAGUCGUGAAGAGAUUCUGGUGAUCGUUAGAGAACUGAGCUAACUGCCUAAGUUCACAAUGCAGAUUUUUGUGAAGACCCUGACUGGUAAGACCAUUACCCUUGAAGUUGAGCCCAGUGACACCAUUGAGAAUGUCAAGGCUAAAAUCCAGGACAAGGAAGGAAUCCCUCCUGACCAGCAGCGUCUGAUCUUUGCUGGCAAGCAGCUGGAAGAAGGUCGUACCCUGUCUGACUACAACAUCCAGAAAGAAUCUACUCUACACCUUGUCCUGCGACUGCGUGGUGGACUGUGAAAAUUUUGUUAAUUUGCACUUUGUCUUUGUCUUUGCAUGAUAAUUCACUGGUGUAUUCAUCUUGGUUUUGUAAUGAGUAAACUGGACUUAGUACCUGAAGCAUUGUAGAUAAUAAAGUUUUUGGCAAUGACAAA